AUGGCUGUCGGAUCUCGCGACCCCGACGGCGAUUCUGAGAUGGCUUCCUCUGUCGGCUCUCCUCACUCUGAUUCCGAUGGGGUUGACACCGGUGCCCGCACUCCAACUCACAACGCCCAUGGCGCGGCUCCCAUCUCUGAGCUCUCCCCUCCCGGCUCACAACCCCAGCAAAUACCGGAUAUAUCUACCACAGCCGAUCAGAGACCUCGUACAGAAGCAGAGGCUUCCCUCCUCGGGAAAGGCCCGGAGCCGCCGGUUGCGGCAUGGAAGACCAAGCGUGCCCAGGAUGAGUACCAGCGAGCCUUGGAGCAGGUGGUCGAUAAAGACUUCAACUUGAAUGAAUUCGGAGAUCCAUUUGAUGAGCGUGACCUGGAGGAGAAACUGCUAUGA